UUCUCAAUUCUUACACUAGAAACUGAAAAUGGAGAAGGAAAAUAUUGAGUUACAGAAGAAGAAUGUGGCUGAAAAUGGGGAGGAAGAGAAGAAGACUGAUGUAAUUACUUCCAAAACUAAAAAGCUUGGAGGUGUUAGAACAAUGCCAUUCAUUCUUGCAAAUGAAGUAUGCGACAGAUUUGCUAGCGCUGGUUUUCAUGCAAACAUGAUUUCAUACCUCACUCAAGUGCUGAACUUGCCUAAUGUCAAAGCAUCCAACACUCUCAGCAAUUUUGCUGGAACCUCAAGCUUCACCCCGCUAAUCGGUGCUUUCUUUGCCGACUCUUUCGCUGGACGGUAUUGGACAAUUGUAGUUGGUUCCAUCAUCUAUGUGCUGGGAAUGAUUUGCAUCACUACAUCUGCUUUCCUGCCUCGACUCCAUCCUCCGCCGUGUCCAACUCAGGUGAACUGCAAGGAGGCUUCCAAUCUACAGCUAUGCAUUCUCUAUAUUUCUCUUCUCUUGACGUCGUUGGGUACUGGUGGAAUAAGGCCUUGUGUUGUUACAUUCGCUGCUGACCAGUUCGAUAUGAACAAAUCAAAAACCGAGAUUAAAACUUGGAAUUUCUUCAAUUGGUACUAUUUCUGUAUGGGAAUGGCCUCUUUGGCUGCUCUAACAAUUGUGGUUUAUAUCCAAGACAAUGUGAGCUGGGGUUGGGGUCUUGGAAUUCCAACAAUUGCCAUGGGCUUCUCUAUUAUAGUUUUUAUUUUAGGCUCUCCUUUGUAUAGGAACGUAAAGAUAGGAGGUAGUCCAUUCGUUCGAGUGACACAGGUAAUUGUUGCAGCUGUGAAGAAAAGGAAGGUUGUUGCUCCGACUGAUCAUCGUGUCCUGUAUGAAAACAGAGAACUUGAUGCUGAUAUUUCUUCCAAUGGGAGGCUUCUGCACUCGAACCAAUUCAAAUGGUUAGAUCGUGCGGCUAUAGUAGCUGAUUCUGACGUGAAUGAGUUGUCUCAACCAAAUCUAUGGAGGCUAGCCACUGUCCACAGAGUUGAAGAGCUGAAGGCAAUUAUCAGAAUGUUGCCUAUUUGGGCAGCAGCGAUAUUGCUGGUCACUUCACACUCUCAUCUCAACAGUUUUACCAUCCAACAAGCGCGAAGCAUGGACCGUAGACUGUCCCGUUCCUUUGAGAUACCUCCGGCUAGCAUGACCAUUUUCAGUACUCUUACUCUGCUAAUUGGCCUUCCUUUAUAUGAGCGCGUGUUCGUCCCCUUUGCUCGUAAGUUCACAGGAAAUCCCAGUGGCAUCACAUGCCUGCAACGAAUGGGAGUCGGGUAUUUCAUUGGCAUUUUUGCUACUAUCGCUGCAGCACUUAUUGAGAUCAAACGAAAAGCAGCUGCAGCAGAUCAUAACCUUCUGGAUAAACCGACUGCCAUUAUUCCCAUUAGUGCUUUCUGGUUGCUUCCACAGUACUGCCUUCAUGGAAUAGCUGAAGUUUUCAUGUCCGUUGGUCACUUGGAAUUCCUUUAUGAUCAAUCCCCAGAAAGCAUGAGAAGCACUGCUGCUGCACUCUACUGGAUAGCUAUAGCAAUUGGAAACUAUAUAAGCACAAUCAUGGUGUCCUCAGUUCACAAGUAUACUGGUGAGGAAAGGAACUGGCUAGCUGACCGUAAUCUUAAUCGGGGAAGGUUGGAGAAUUAUUAUUGGCUUGUGACAGUAGUACAAGUGGUAAAUUUGAUAUAUUAUGUCAUAUGUGCCUCGUUUUACACGUCUAAGCCGAUAGAGGUGCUGAAUGAAACUGAAAGCAGGGAAGAAGAUAUUGAGUGUUUUGACAAUACAAAACCACUGCUAAAUGAUUCUGAAGUAGAUAAGGAAGUAGAGCUAGCGAGAAAUUAGACCAAACUGACAUCUUUAGUUGGGUAGACUGGAUGUGACUCAUCAGUAUUUAGAAUGAAAAACUAAUCCUUCCAUUCAGAACUGCUUAGUAAACAUUCGAGUUAGGAUUGUUGACGAGAGUUUUUUUGUGGAAUCCAAAGGCCCCCAAUAUAGAGAACAUAUUUGGGCACUUACUCUAGUGUGGAGCAAGCAAUUCAUGUGAUGAUUGUAAGUGUUA